ACUCUCCAUCACUGUCACUGUCACUGUCACUGCCACUAUCUCAGGUACCAGCAGCCUACAUUCCAGUACCUACUAGGUAGGUAUCUACUGCUCCUCAGGAUCAUCUGAGUAAUUGUUUACACCCUUUGCCGCUGCCCCUACCUCUAUCAAACAUACUUCUUCCAACAUGGUACGCAAAACAUCCUCCGGAUUCUUUACUUCGAUCCAUGAAGACGUCCCUCUCCAUGUCUCUCGAGGUUACAACCGCAUGGGACAGCACGGUGAAUACUCUCCUCCGUCUUCGCAGAGAUAUUUUAGCCCUGAGAAAUACACCCAGCCGUACCUCGAUUUCAUGACCAACAACCCCACCGUCUUUCAUGCCGUCGAAGCCUUGACAAAGAGACUAGAAGAGGCAGGAUACCGUUAUUUGUCGGAGAGGGAUCACUGGAACCUCGCGCCUGGGGGGAAGUACUACACGAAACGAAAUGGGAGCGCGUUUAUCGCUUUUGCAAUUGGCAAGGACUACCUAGAUGGCGAGGGCAUGGCCAUAGUCGCCGGGCACAUCGAUGCACUCACUGCCAAGGUCAAACCCGUGCCGAAACUGCCCACCAAGGCUGGCUAUGUCCAACUGGGAGUCGCCCCUUAUGCCGGAGGCAUGAACAUGACGUGGUGGGACCGUGACCUGGGCAUCGGUGGUCGGGUCCUCGUCCGUGGCAAGGAUGGCAAGAUCAGGGAAGAGCUCGUCAAGCUGGACUGGCCCAUCGCCAGAAUCCCGACCCUCGCACCUCACUUUGGCGCAGCCGCCUCGGGGCCCUUCAACCUCGAAACAAACAUGGUACCCAUCGUGGGCCUCGACAAUUCUGAUCUCUCGGGGGAGCAGAAGCCGAGCCUCGAACUCCCGGCCGGGACGUUCGUCGCCAGUCAGCCGGAGCGACUGGUGCGGGCCAUCGCCGGACAGAUGGGGAUAGAAGACUACACGUCCAUCGUGAACUGGGAACUCGAGCUCUUCGACGUGCAGCCUGCCCAGUUGGGUGGCCUGGACAAGGAAUUCAUCUUUGCCGGUCGGAUCGACGACAAGUUGUGCUGCUUUGCCGCCGUCGAAGCCUUGCUGGCCUCUUCCGACAAGACAUCCCAGGGCAUCGUCAGGAUGGUGGCUUGUUUCGAUGACGAAGAAAUCGGGUCGUAUCUUCGUCAGGGUGCCCGGGGCAACUUCAUGUCCAAUGUGAUUGAGAGGAUUGGCCAAAACUUUUCCAUGACGACGUGCUGCGGACCCAACCUCCUCGGCAGGUGCAUGGCCAAUUCCUUCCUCGUCUCGAGCGACGUCAUCCACGCCGUCAACCCGAACUUCCUGGGGUCCUAUCUCGAGAACCACUCGCCCAGAUUGAACGUCGGUGUUUCCGUGAGCGCCGACCCCAAUGGCCACAUGACCACCGACGCCGUCUCGACCGCGCUCCUGUCCCGGAUAGCGGAAAAAUGCGGCAGCACGCUCCAGGUCUUCCAGAUCCGAAACGAUUCGAGGAGUGGCGGCACCAUCGGACCCAUGACGAGUUCCAAGCUGGGCUGCCGUGCCAUCGACUGCGGUAUUCCACAGUUGAGCAUGCACUCGAUCCGCGCGACCACGGGCUCUCUCGAUCCUGGUCUGGGAGUCAAGCUGUACAAGGGGUUCUUUGACCAUUACGAGGAGGUUGACAAGGAGUUUGCAUGAUUUGUCUGUCUGCCGGGUAGACAGCGGGGGUUCAAGCUGUAAACAAACCUUUUUUUUCGACUACUAUGAAGGAGCAGAAAAGAACUUUGAUUGAGAUUCUUUGUCACCACCCAAACAGCUUUCGGGAGGUUUUCGGUCAUGAUAGAUGUACUCAUAGACACAGAUAGAUACCUAGCUAUGGUACCUAGGUAGGUAGACGAUAGCGACUCGAAUCGAUGCUCGUAAAAACGGAUAAAGGAAGACUCUGAAAUUGCUC